AUGAGACAAAUAAAUUUAUUGAAAACAAAAAUAAGUAGCAAUGUUGAGAACAGUCAAGGGAGCAGGAAUAUUUUUUUACCUGAGGGUUCUCAGAAGAUCAUGAGACAAGGAAGAUCUGAGGAUAAAAAUAAAGAUAUGAGAGGUAGGUACUUAGUUAAAGAAAAGGUGGAAGAAGCGGAAAGUAAUUUUGAAAGUUCAACUGUUCAAGUCAUAGCCAAAAGCUUUAGGCAUCAUGCAAUCAUUUUUUGUUGUUCGAACGAUAAACAGACAAGAAAGUCAGUCAGCAACGAGAUGUGA